UUUAUGCCCGUCAUUCUCAGGGGUAGAGUGCAUCAAGAUGUCCAAGAAACUUCACUACUUCAACUUGAACGGCCUGGCCGAGUCUGUGAGGUAUAUCCUCCAUUAUGGAGGACAGAGGUUUGAGGACAUCAGGUAUGAGCUUUCGGACUGGCCCAUCAAGCACGUGAAAGACUCACUCCCAUACGGCCAGUUGCCUCUCUACCAGGAGGGCAACAGGACCCUGAACCAGUCGUUGGCGAUCGCCCGCUACGUGGCCAGCCAGCUUAAGCUCCUGCCCACCGACCCCUGGGAACAGGCCGUACUGGACGCCAUCGUCUUCAACAUCUACGACUUCUGGAGCAAGAUCGUCACCUUCAUAAAGGAGAAUGAUGCUACUCGGAAGGAGGCCAUCAAGAGAGAAAUCAUCAACGAAUCUGUCGAUUUCUUCUUUUCCCGCUUCGAAAAGGAACUGAAAGCCAACAAGGGCUUCUUCAAUGGCAAGCUGAGCUGGGCCGACUUCAUCCUAGUGGGCAUCGUGGAGAGCGCCAACCUGUUCCUCGGCAUUGAGAUCGAGAAGCAAUACCCCAGCGUGAACGCUCUUGUGCAGACCAUUCGCGCGCUGCCUGGUGUCAAGGAAUACCUGGCCACUAGGAAACCGUACACAUUGUAAACACACCCUAACAACUAAAACAUUAUGACUAAAAUAAAUUAUUAGUUCCUUUG